GAGUGAGGAGCCUACUUUCGCGCUAAGGGUGGCUCUUUGUGGCUCGUCUCAGCGCCGAAGCCACCUUCGAGGCACGAUCGUUCAGGCAAAAGCAGGGCCACACACAGAGCGGAGGGAGAUGUGCGGAACAACGACACCUUCCUUGCACGACACAGAAGGCCGAGCAACUGGAGCAAUGCGGCGUAUAAGUACAGAAAGUACCAGACCCGUCGGGAGAAGCGCCAUCAGGGGACGGCAGCAGCUGAGAAUGGCACUGCCUCGGCGUGCAUUGUGCAGGGCACAAGCCAGGUGACCUGUGCUUCUCUCACGGUGAAACAAGGUUAGUGAAUAGCGUGUGGUGAUUGUGCGAACAAAAACGGCGUGCUUAUCUCCAAAGCCACUUCGGCCUGUCACGCGAGAGCAGUAGAGCGCGGUGCAGGGAGCUACAGCUGCGUCAAGACGACGGUGUAGCGCACAGUAAGCAUAGGAAAUCGGUCCCGUGGCGGAGAGACUGGGCGUUCGGCUGUGUGGAAAUGGGCUUGCUAGCUGCGCGCUGGGUCCGAAACUGUGAAGCAUGUCUUGUCAGUGGAAACUAGCGCAACACGAAGCAAGUUUCGCGUUCUUGGUCGUGUUAGACGAACUCUAUCGUGCAGGGUUGUCUGGCUCAGGGCGGGGGUACGACUGCGCUGGCGGGUUGCAGCAGAGAUCUGCCGUCGGCUGCGCCCAGUCUCUCGCAAAUUGUUUCUUAAAAUGCUGAAGGUGGCUAGGUUGGCCUGGGCAGCGCGCAGGGCGAAGGCGGUCACGUAGGAACGUGGAACGUUGUGGAACCCGCGUCCAACUUCGGAAAAUAUGGUCGGUGUGCGAUGGCAAUCAGGUGGAAGUUGUCCAGCGCUAACAAUAUUGUGUGCAGUUGCGACAAAACACUCGGGGCUACCAUGAUCGCUGUGCGGUAUGUCACCCGAGGUAGGAAGACUGCUCGCUGUGCCUGUAAGUCGCCGCCGCUAUGAGAGCCUGUCUGCGCUGUAAACAGAGGAAAGCAAACCAGAACUCGCCUCAGGCUGUCGGUCCGUCCCGCAAUAGAGUGCGGUUCAGUUAGAGAGCAUGUGAACAACUGACGUGCCCAACUGCCUGCAAUGAAUAGAGAUCCGUGUGCUCGGCACGGAUUAUCCCAGAAUAGCCUAGUCUCGAUUACACACCGGAGAUGUGCGACACGUGUUAACAGUCCGCGUCGCAGUGCGGGGCAAAGUGCCUGGACACGGAGGCUCAAAGCGUCCAGGAGAUAUUCGUACAGAGAGCAACGGAGUUGCAUUCGACGAAGGCUGGAAGGAGACACCGGGAGGAUGGGGUCAUCGUCUUCGUAUUCUGUAUAUGCUUGGAGGAAUGAUCACUGAAGUUUGACGGAGGCAAAAGCCAAGCUGCCGGGUCGUCGCCGCAAGCCUAUGUGCCAGCGGGAUGUCCAUGUCGAGCUAGGGCUACGUCUUCUUCUUGGUAUGUGAUGAGCUGGAGGCCGCUGCGGCUCUGCAAUGAUGGGUCAGGCCAGCGGGUAUAAAGAGGAUCGGUCAGCUCGCAGCUGGGCGACUCAGCCAAGCUCUGCGGUGAUGGCAUCUCUCAUGGAUCUCAAUCGAACUCCGACCAAAGUUCGCGAUUCAUAUACAGCAUCGCUCCCCGCGUUGCGACGAAAGCUCCUCUCUUCCUCUGCCCCUCUCUCUGUCUGCUCCUCCCCCGCUUUCGACGCCGCGCUCUUCGUCACCAUGACUUCCAACACCGAUGCCAACGUCCCGCACAGCAAGCCCAUCCCCAUCAACGCCCGCCGUGACCGCGCGGACUCUGUCUCUGACUCCUCUUCAUCCGAGGAGUCCGCUUCCCCAGUCUCGCCCUCCAACUCACCCAUCUCUGGCAUGCCCCCACGUGUCGUGCCAUCGAGUCCUGGCUCGACGCCCAUUCUCAACUAUUUCCUCAGCCAGUCUCCCAAGUCGCCGACCACUUCCACCUUCCCCUUCCGCCGUGCCUUCGGCACCGCAGCCUUCGAAGGUUUGUAAUAUUAAUACUUCCGCGUCUAGGACGCCACCCGAGGCUAAAUGGUGCAAUACAGACGACUCUGAUGCUGAUUUCACUAUCCCCAAGCGCGGUCAUGCGCGUAGCGUAAGCACGGCUGCCUGGCCGACGACCGAGCGUGUCUCUGCGCCGUCCCAGCCUCCCGCGCAGCCGGUACAGGGUGACCGUGCGGCAGGCCUUCUUCGCCGUCUCUCCCUCGGUGGCACUGCUCUUCGCGUGAGUAUGCCUGCCGCACGACGCUGUGCCAUAUUUACUAACCCCGUCCACAGCCCCAGCCACCGCAGAUUAAGACGACAGCGUUGGUUGAACGGGUGCCUCCCAAUACGCCUGCUGUCGAACGGCCUCAGCCUCCAUCGCCCAUUCCGCGCAAGGCCCGUCGUGCGAACACCCUCGCACCAGGCACGCCCCGCCCCAAGCGUGCGCCGUCCCCAAUGGGCGAGCGUAUCCUCACUGGACACUUCGACGGCUUCAACUAGGCGCUGCCCCAAUAUUUUCGCACGUCAUACGCUAUCAUAUCUCUAAUAGCACAUGCGAAACAUACAUCACUCGGCGUUAUAGGCUUGAGUAUGCAUAAACCUUACUCGAAAUGGUCUCGUCAAGAGACUGAAGUCUCCGCACCCUCGGACACAGCCGCCACAUGCACGCUCUUCUCUUUCUUCCCCUCCCCAACGACUUCUCCGAGUAUUGGUGGGGCACCCUCCGCCAUCAAGACCGCCUCGCCCCACGGCUCCGACGUUCUCUGCGCCUCGAGACACUGUGGCGCAGCCCUCCCCACGCCCCUGCCCAUGUUGUGCUGGCUUCCCGCACACCCGCAGUCGAAUAGGGGCACCAAAACCUCGUCGUCCUCUUGCGCGAUAAUCGCCUUGUAAUAUUUAUCGAACGAUCCCCUCAGCAUCGCACCCGCAUCUUGUAGAUCACACAGUCCUCGAGUCCGGUUUAUUUUUGUCGUCGUGCAUUCGCACAACUCCGU